CAUUCGAGACAACAGUGUUGAGAGUAAUGUGAUGUGGUAAAGUGCUGUGUUCUUCUAACUGGAAUCCAAAAUAUUGGCUUUGUGAAGUUUUGUGCGGUUUUUCGCCUUCGUUUUUUCUCUCAUGUGCUUGUGGAAUGAUCAGUGAUUUACAAUGCGAUGAAAAGUGAAAAUUUCAAUUCCAAAUGACGUGCUACAAAUAAAAUGGUUAGAGAGACUCGUCACUUGUGGGUCGGAAAUUUGCCGGAAAGCAUCCGUGAGGAGCGUGUGAGGGAUCACUUCAAACGGUAUGGGCGGGUGCAGAGCGUCAAACUCCUGCCCCGGAUCAAAGAAGAAGACGGUGGCGGGGGCCUCUGCGCGACGGUGUCAUUCAUGGACAUCAAAUCGGCGGCGAAAGCUCACGACACGGAGCACAAGCUGGAGGACUGCCUCCUCACCACCGAGUACCACGAACCGGCCGCCAUCCCCAGCUCCGGCCAGCCGCCGCUCCCCGCUCUGCCUCUCUACGCCUCCUCCAGAUUCCAACACGGGGCGGCGACGAAUAUCAAGCAGGAGGAGAUAUCAAGUUUCGAGCGAUCUAGUCAUUUCUACGAGCGGUCGAGGGAGAGCGAGGCAUCGUACCUCCGUCGCUCGACGUCCACGUAUCACGUGAGCCCCCCGGACACGCUUCGGGGCCGGACCAGGGAUCGCAUCUACCGGAACGGCCCCUAUACACCAAUUAUAGAAAGUGUGGUUAGUAGAAGUCAUAGGCCGUCAUGGAAUAGUUAUGAUGGUCCAACUAGGUAUCCGUCAACGCCUGCAACUCCUGAUAUAUCCUAUCAAGAUGAAAGGCGAGAACCUUCCUCUGUAGUAGUUCUUCAUAAUAAAUUAUCUAAAUCAAGUAGGUCGGGAUCCCAUGGUAGCGAAAGCGGUUCCAGCAGAUCACGAUCUCGAUCUAGAUCUAGUUCUAGUUCAAGUCAUUCAGGUAGUAGCAGUUGCAGCUCACCCUCAUCAAGUCACUCAGAUAAAUCAACAACCGGUCUCCAAUCCACUGUGGCACAAUCUAGUCUUACUCGUCCCACUGCAAUCUGUGUCCGAAAUCUACCCGCUCGAUCUAGUGAUACCAGUUUAAAAGAUGGACUUUUCCAUGAGUACAAAAAGUAUGGGAAAGUUAUGUGUGUUAAAGUUGUUGGAUCUGGUGCUGAUAGGUACGGCAUAGUUGUCUUCAAAAAGGCUGAUGAUGUUGAGAAAGCACUGCAAAUUUCUCAUGAUAAAUUAUUUUUUGGUUGCAAAAUUGAUGUAGCUCCUUAUCAUGGACAAAAUGUUGAUGAUAAUGAGUUUAGGCCGUACGAAGCAGAACUAGAUGAAUUUCAUCCAAAAGCAACAAGAACAUUAUUUAUAGGCAAUUUAGAAAAAGAUAUUACUGCAACCGAGUUGCAGAAACACUUUAAGCAGUUUGGUGAAAUUAUCGAAAUAGAUAUUAAAAAACAAAGUUCUGGAUCUGUGUAUGCAUUUGUGCAGUACUGUGAUAUUGUUUCAGUUGUGCGCGCCAUGCGUGCAAUGGAUGGUGAAUAUUUAGGACAUACACGAAUAAAUUUAGGCUACGGCAAAUCCCUGGCUACAGCUUGUGUGUGGCUGGAUGGAAUUGCAGAAACCGUAUCUGAAAAAUCCCUCAGUGUGCAGUUUAGCCAAUUUGGACCUGUAUCUCAUGUUGCAAUUGACCGGAGUAGAGGUCAUGCCCUAGUUUUUUUUCAGCAGAUCCUAUUUGCACAGUUAGCCGUCAAUCAGAUGCGAGGAAUAGUGUUAAGGGGGCGUAAAUUGCAAGUUGACUUUGCCUCGCGGGAGUGUCAAGAAGCAUUUUAUGAACAUUUAGAUAAAUUUAACGUUUAUGAAAAUAGUACGGGUACUUCUCCGCAGCACAGUUCUGGAAGUUUGAGAGGAGGUUUCGAAACUCCGUCCUCAUCGGGUAGCAGUGGUGGGAAGCCAUCUAGUAGACACGUAGUUUCCUCCUCUCGCUAUCCCCGUCACCUACCUACCUCUCGUUUUGAUUUUUCCGAUUACCCCAACGACGUGAAACCUUGUUCUGUCCGAAGUUAUGAAGAUAUUGCAGAUGAUGCACCCAGUGACCCUUUAGUUACAGUAAUGGUUGGACCGCCAGACAUACGGCAUUUGCAGAAAGAAAGGCAUGCACUUCUUGAACAACUGGAAGACUGUCCCAGCUCAGGAGAGGAGGGAAGUUCGCGUCGAAGGUGUAGGCAUCAUAGAAGUCAAAGUGGAGAAGGUAGCCGGCCAGGCACACCACUGUGUGAUGAAAGGCCAGAGAAUUUGAUACCCGUGGAACCCCGUAAAACACCCAGAGAUAAACCUGGGGACCCCCUAUCCCUUCCUUUACCCAGGUUUGCCUCCCAAGUUUUUUCACCAAGACCAACUCCUCCCAGUCCACCAGCAUCCCCGCCUAGACCUGACUCUUCAUCCUCUGACUCUCAACCUCCUCCCUCUCCCGAAUGGGAAGAACGAUUGCGGUCACUAGAUGAAAAAUAUGAGAAAUGGUCGGGCUCCCGGACAGCAACUGCGAGAGUAGAUUCUUCUUCGGUUAGAAUAAGGCAUAAACUACUUGAUCUAGAUGUUCAUGAGCUGCAGCCCUCGGAAAUUGUGAAAUCAGUUCUGGCAAGGCGGAGUGUAUUUGAUGAGGAUUCGAAGAGGCUUGAAAACUUUCGGGAGAAGUACGAGCCAAAAGAAUUUGUACCCUCAAGACCCAAUUUUCAGUCAUCGAUACGAACGCGCUUAGAUGUUUCUUCACCCCUUCCAUCACCAUCUUACUCCAUACCCAAGUCGCCUGCUUCAUCACCUGCGCCAGCAAAAGGCUUGCAAUAUCCAUUCCCAAGUCAUCCUCCGGUGUUACCAACUUCAUCUGUUGCUACGGGAACUUCUAUGGCAGUUUUAACAACUCCCACCUCCCCUGUCAGUGAUUAUGGAACAACUCGUUUUGAACCAGUAUCAGCAAGCUCCAUCGAAGAAGCAAUUGGAAAGCGAAGAUCUCGUGAUGACGAGUCAGUCCUCAAAUGGCUGAAUCAUUCCGAGCGGAAGUCAAGUAUAGGUGAACCAAUUCCAGCAAUAGCUCAUGUAGACCCAAGGAAACACCUCAUGGAUCACAGACGAGGGAGAGAGAGCACAGAUUCUAAAGAGUCCUUAAACUUAAAAGAAGUUGAAUUUAGAGAAAAUGCUGCUGACAGGUUAAGAGUGAGAGAUCUAGAUGAAUUGAGAAUUAGCUCUCAACCAGGAAAGCAUAAAUUAGAAACUAAUCCCAGAGCUGAUUCAAGGCUCCCCACUUUAGAUCACUCAAACCUUGAUUCCAGUAGUAAGCCAAAAAGUAUAGAUUCUCUAGAUAGAAAAAUAGAUUGUUUCAGUAGCCCAUUAGAUAAAAGGGAUGCUGUUUCAGUCGACCCACGCUUAGAAAAACGAGAAACAUUUCCUUCAGACCCUCGACUGGAGAGGGGUCAGACCUGCUCCUCCAUAACCUAUGACUACACUUGUUCUACCAAAGUACCUGAUUUUUUAGGCAAACGAUACGAAUUGAAGUUAGAUCGAGAUGAUCAAAUCCAAACGCAAGAUAAUCAUAAAAAUGUUCCUGAUAGUAAAGAUAGUUCUGAUAAUAGCUUCAAAAUAAGUUUGAAUCCUAGACAUCCAGAUUCAAGGAGUGCAAUCGAACUUAAAUCAAAAGAAACCAGCGGAAAGUGCGAUUUAGUUCCAUCAGAAGUGAAUAAUAUUGACGACACUCCUCUAAGUUGUGCUGAAGCGUCAGCUAGCUUUAGUUGUUCAAAACCUACUGAAAACAAUAUAACAGCCCCUGAGCCAAUGGAAUUUGAAAAGCCCAGGUAUGAGUCAAUAUCUGACUCGGAAUCUAGUUUCAAAGAAGAAAUCCACCAUUUGCAGAAGGACAUGGAAAUUAGUGAUGAUGAAUUUGAUUCCAAAAUGUAUGAAAAGCAGCAGCCAAGAAGUCCUAUUGAUGAUAUUAAACCUCCAGUUCUAGAUAAAGUGGUCGAAGAAACCCCGAUUUCUCCUGACAGCGAAACCAUCAAGGAAAAUAUUGAUCCACCAGAAAAUGUGUUGGAACCGGUGACCGUGAAUGAAGUAGUUUCUACAACUGAGGCUCCAGUAGAAAGCAAUGAUGUAGUUAAAAUCAAACAUGAAAUAAAAAUUGAGUGCAAUUCUUUACCGGAAAAUGAUUUAGAGAUCUUUGAUGAAGUCAAAAUAGUAGACAGCAAAGAAACAGGUGACCAAAACUCUAAAUUUGAUGCGGUUGUAAGUCCCAAAAAUGACCUAUCAAAGAAUUUUCCAGAAGAAUCUGAAAAUCACCAUCCCCUUGAGGACAAAUCAGACUCUAAAAGUAGAGAUACUGACAGUGAUAUUUCAUCAAAAAGUGAUGCUGAUUCUCCCAAGAUGCCUGAACUCAAACCGUGUGUGACGUUAGUUGAAAAAGUUGAGAAAGAGCAUAAACCCAAAGAUACAAUUAAAAAUUGUAGGGAAGUUCCUGAAAAAAGCAAAGAUUCUCUGGGUGAUUCUAGGCACAAAGAAAAGGAUUCAACCACAGCCAUAGAACCUAAGCAUAAAGAAAAAGAAGCUCAUAUUGAACACAAGCACAAGGACAAAGAUUCAUCCACAGAAAGCAGGCAUAAAGACAAAGAACCACAUGCAGAAAACAGGCAUCGAGAGAAAGAAAAUCGUCUCGAUAAGAGUGACUCAAAACCGAAAGAUGACAAACCCUUUCAUGAAAAAUUUGAGUCCAAGAGGAAAGACAGUGUUUCAGAAAAAAUUGAUCUCAAAAUUGACGCCAAACACGACUCAAGACAUGACUACAAGUAUAGUAGCAAAAGGAGAGAUAGCUUUUCCUCUGAGAAAUCUGACCACAGGCACAGAAGUCAGUCGUCUUCUGAGCAUAAAACAAAAGACUCUGAAAGAACAGAAGCUAAGAGGAAAGAUAGUUUCUCAGAGAAAUCUGAGAGUAAAAAUAAAGAUAUCUGUGAUAAAAAUGUACAUAAAGCGCACGACAGUAUUCCUGAGAAAACUGAUAAACGCCAUGAAAGCUCCGAUAAAAGCUUAAAAUCACAUGACAGUGGGGAUAAGCACGGUUCAAAAACUCAUGAAAGUUCAGAACGCAAGCAUAAAGACAGCACUGAGAAAUUGCCCCAACUCGGCAAACUAAAAGACAGCUCAUUUGAUAAAGCAAGCUCAAAACACAAGGAAAGCUCUCAUGAUAAGUCAGAAAGUAAACGGAGGAACAGUCACUGUGAUAAAAAAGAUAUCAAACAACGAAAAAAUUGUGAAAACAGGAGUGAUACCUGUAGCGGGAAAGUAGAGGAAUCAAAGUCAGAAGUUGGUGAUAGGAAGAAAAAUGAUGAGACUAAGAAAGAAGCGGAAAACAACAACAGUAACAGCAAGCCACACAUCAACUCUCAAAUAAAGAAGUCUGAAGAUACUGAGUGCUCCAAGAUUCGAAAAGAGAAAGAAAGAGACUCAGAAAAGGAUCACUCAAUUAAGAAAUCUAAAACUAAUUUCAUCAUUCAUAGUCCUGAGUAUAAAGAAGAAUCUUCGGUGCAAAAACAAGAAUCCACCGAUAAGUCAAGGAGAGUUGAACAUUCUGAAUUUAAUGCUUCCAAGAAUAACAAAUGUGUAGACCGACACAAAAGUGGAAAGGAUCAUAACUCCUCCAUAUCUGUCGAAAAAGAAAAAGAGAAGAAGAAGGACAAAGAUAACCUUUUACCCAAUAAUGUUCUGUCAAAACAAAAGUGUAAUCAGUCCAAUAAUUCAGUGAAUAAACAUUCUAAAGAAUCAAAAGACAAAGAAACAAAGGAUAAAGAUUCCAAAAGGAAAGAAUCUGGCAGUGCUAGUGCAAAACAAAACAAAGAUUCGGAUAGUUCAGAACAUCAUAAGGAAGUUAAUUUCGUGCACACCUCUGCCAAAAAUCAAGAAUCUAAGAAGGAAGUUGGUCCAUCUGAAAGCAUCAAAAAAGACAAUGAAAAGAAGAAGAAGAACAACGAAUCGGUGGAUCCUCUAAGCAAAAUCAAAGAAAUUCUCAAGGUGAAAGAAAUUGAACAUCCAGACAAUGGAAGGCACAAAGAUAAAAUCAAAAGUUGGGAGCAUAUAAGUGCCAAAUUUAAAGAUAACAACCGAAUAAAAAACAACCAGCUCAAUGACUCAGUUUAUGAGGAACGUAAAAAAGAUUUUUUUGAUGGUCUGUACAAAAAUGACAUUGAUUGUAAUAGUAUUAAUGAUGUCAAUCAUGUAAAAGAAAUCACUCGCGAACAAAGCUUGUCCUUCAAAGAGUUAAAUAAAGAACAUGAUGUAUCAAAAUAUAAAAUCCAUGAGAAAAAACGAGAAAGCUGUGACAGAGAAAGACGAAAAGAUGAUGACAAUUUUACCAAUCAUGUAGACUUCAAGUCAAAGGACUCUGAAACGUCAUCAAAGGAUAAGUGCAAGUCAAAAAGAAACAAGGAAGUAGAUAAUUUUGAGAAACGUAAGGAAAGAGAACCAUCAGUUGAUAACAUCUAUGAUGAGAAACGAUCCGAGUCAAUAAAGAAAGAACGUCGGAAAGAGCGGAUGAGUACCAGCUCUCUCCCUGCAACUAUUGGCUUUAAAAGACGAGUUAGCUCUCAAGAUAGUUUAGAUGGCUCUGAUGAGAAAUCUAAACCUGAAAGAAGAGACUCGAAAGAUAGCUCUCGCAGUUAUGGAAGUUCAAAGAAAGACAUGAAAGUAGAUAAACAUAAUCGUGUUUCAAAAUCUUUUGAUGAAAAAAUGAAAGAAGAUGAAGAACGACCGAAGAAGAAAGAAUUCACUGAUGAGAAGCGUCCUAAAAGUAUCAAUCGUAAAGAAUCUAGUGGAAGUAGCUCCAGUUGUAGUGAGAAAAUCAAAGAGCUGUCAACCAACGAAAAAUCCAAAGACAAAGAAACAGGUGAUAAGCGGAAAGAACCCAGCAACAUGGAAAAGAUGAAGGACUACUCAAGCAGCUGUGAAAAGUUGAACAAAGACAAGAAAAGCAAGCAGAGGACAGAUAGCGGCAACACUUGCAGUGAAAGUGAAUUUGGAAGUGGUGAUGAUGACAAGUCGGGGAAACGCCAACAACACUCAAUUUUUGAUAUAGUUGAUGAUGAGCCAGCAUAUAUCUCAAUGUACGAUAAAGUAAAAGCAAGAUCUUGCAAAAAUAUGCAGAAACAAAAAGAAGAAAGGAAGCAAGAGCGGCUAAAAGAAAAAUUCAAUCAGCUUAAACAAAGCAGGGCAAAACGUGAAGAAAAGAAACGCUCUACAUCCUAUGAUGAAGACUCAGAUUCUGAGCGAGGCAUCGGAAGGAGAUCCAGUAAAUUAUUGAUCACAAGCUCUGAAGAAGACAAUGUCUCCGAGUACGAUAUGAAACACAAAGCUCCGAAAGUAACGUCCGAGUCUGAAGAUGAUAUUAUCCGCCGCCAGAGUUUCUCUGCUAGAACAAAGAAUUCUCGCAUCCAUUCUGAGGAGAGUGAUGGUGAUGUCAAUAGAGGUUUUGAAGGGAAAAACGGACCUAGUGAACGUGAAAUUUUCUCUGACAACUGCAUCAAUGAGAAUUCUGUUGAUGACAAGCCUGCUGUCAACUAUGACUCAACUUGUCCUAGCAAUGAUGAUACCUCUUACUCAAGGAGUGCCCCAAGGAAGAAGUCUCAUAAGAAAAAACAAAAGCGUCAAAGAAGCCUGGACAACGAUGAAAGUGGUUCUAAAAAGCACUCGUCCAAGAAACACAGGCGCAAAUUUAGUCACGAGACUGAUGAAAAAUCCACCAAAAUUAGACGCAAAAAAUUGAAUGCCGCUGACUUUUUCAAAAAAGAAGAUUCAAUGGAAGACAUAUUUGGGCCUCUGUCUGAUGACUCAUCCGAUAAAAAUCAAUAUGAUCGGAAGUGGCAAGUGACACAAGUAUACGGCACAGAUUCUGAGUCCGAAAAAGAAACAAUGAACAAACGAGAGAAAAGACGAAAAGAAAGGAAGAAGGAGCUAGAAGAAAUGGGAGAUGCAAUCGAAGCUGGACUACUUGAAUCAUGCUCUUCGCCUCAGCCUCCAGAACCAGUGAAAAUCAAGAAGAAAAAGCGGAAGAAGUCCAAGGAGGAGAAAUCCAAGCACUCGAGCUCGAAAGAUAAAGAUACUGAAUCUAUGACAUCUCCUCUCUCCCCUCCAGUCUGCCAUUCUUCUCCGCCUGUGUUACUGCCCAUGGUUUCACAUAACAAGAAACUUGACAUUCCAGGUUUUGGUUCGAAAGUUGAUGAGAACAUCCACGAAACAGCUGUCAAGAGCAUUUCAGAGGCUCAAGAUCCUAUUGUAAAAGAGGAAGCCACUAAAUCACCAGUUUGUGCUUCACCAGCAGAGGAGAAACCGACAGUCAUCAUUUCCCAAGAAGAAACAGAAGAUGCAGUUGCUGCUUUGCUGGAAGAUGCAUUUGGAGGAGCCGGUUUCGAUGACUCUGCUUCGUACGCUGAUGAGCCGUCAAAACCUGAAACUCCCACCUCAGAACCUGACUUGCGCAUAGAUACUGAUACUGAAGACAGCUUCUUCACAGAUGAUAUUUAUGCAUUGCCAAAAACGCCAGACCUACCAGCCACGUGUCGCUCAAGAGAAGGUCUUGAAGAAAGAAUAGCUGCUCUUGCAACCACCAAACCUGACAAAAAAGAAGAUCCUGCCGAUGUAGAGAUGCCUGAAAUUAAAUCGGAGUCCCCAGUUAGAAUGGUCAAAGAUGAAGCUAAAUUAAAUGAUGCUUUUGACACUGUAAAGUCUGAGCCUCAUGAGGAGAAACUGAAGAUCGAUGAACCAAUGGCAACUGAAGAUCAUAAACCUCAAAUUUUCGAAGAUACCCUAGAAAAUGAAUUUUGUUCAAACACUGACCAGAGUUCUAAAAAGCAAAAAUCCGCCCUAAGCAAAUUUGAUGCUAUUCGAUUUGUGGACUCUAAACCUGAAGUGAAGAAGGACAACAAUAAAACCAAUGAGUUGGAUGACCUUUCUCUAAACGAAACUUAUUCUGGGAAACCCAUCAAGUAUCGCUACCCUCCCAGAGUAAACUCUAAGUAUCCUCCCAAAAUCCUCUCCUCUCCUCAAACCUCAUCCCAUGAAAUUGGUCUUGCAUCACACUUACCUGGUCCGUUGUCAAUAAAAAUCAAUGAUAAUGCCAUGAAAACAUCUCCGGUGAUCAGUCCCUCCCCUCCAAGGCAGUUUCAGUCCCCUAGGGAGUCUCUCAAAAAUGUUGAGAAAUCGUUGACUAUGCCUGUAGUUGAUGGACCAAUCGCAAAUGCAACACCUCCAUCUAAAAACUUCUCGGUUCUCUCACCAAACCAGAAACUGGCAGCAUUUAAUGAGCACUCUCCGAAAAGUAGUAUUUCUCCUAACCCCAAGUCUACGUAUAAAUUUGCUCCCUCUAGUCCAGCAGCCGGAACACACGGUGUGCUCAGUCCAAGUUUUGGGAGUACUCAUCCAGCAGUCACAACAGGAUCAAGUCACAUGAAAUCUACAUCUGUCGUUUCACCGAGCUACAUUUCCCCAGUAACAUCUCAAGGAUGUGGGAAAGCUGCAUUAUCUCCCAUCCCGGCUAAUUUUAUCAAAACAACAUCAAACUCGGCUGCAACUCAUGUAGGAAUUUCUUCGCACACCACAGUUGCAGGUUUCACUGGGAUCAUCUCUCACACAGGUGCCACAUCAAGUCCAACCAUUGGCACUGCGGCACCUUUAACCCAUAAUGUAACUUCAUCGCACAGCCCAUUGCAGAGUCAUCUGUCGAUUGGGAGCCAUUCCAACAGUCCUCUUGCUCUGUCACCUGGUCAUGUUUCCAGUAUUACGGCUGCAACAAGUACUGUUUUGAAUCGAAAUAUUGGUGUGGGCCUUCUCACCACAGUUGGUUUCACUGGGGCUCCAGUGAGCCAUCAAAAUACCAUCUCUCAAACUGCUGCUACUUGUCAUACUAGCCCUGUGAACCAUCAUCCUCCAAGUUUGAGUCGUCCACUAAACCAUACAGGACACGUCAGUUUUGUAGGUGGAGAGAAAAUUCAUGAAGUUGUCAUUACAACUGCAGCCCCUAUAGGGUCUGCUGGAGUGUUUCCGCAGAAAGGAGUUAAUUCAUUCGCACCAACUACAGCUGUCAACAUUUCAUCACCCAGCCAGACAUCAAUGAAACCUACAGUUGUCUCAACCCUGACAAGCAAAUCUCUCACCACCAGUUCCCAACUUUCAUCCUCCCAAACAACACAAUCUUUGACUGCAACUAGUGGCUCAAUUAUCAAAGGUCUUGCCACCACAGGAACUCUGACAACUACCUCUUUUUCUUUGCCAGUGUCAGCAGUCAAGCCCACAGCAGCAGUCAUAUCUCAUACACCGCAUAUGAAUUACCAGCCGCCCAAAGCUCAGCCAUUCUCAACUACAGUCGUUACUCAUUCAAGUUAUCCAGGCUCUUCACCAUCACCUGUCACCCAAAUUUCACCCAAAAGUCUGUUUAUGCAUACAAACGAGCCGCUAUCCAUGUCUGUCAACUCAAAUCAUCAGCCAACACGGCCACCGAUUUCAUCCGUCAUUUCCACAACAACUAAACCUCAGUUAAAUGCUAACCCUGCCGCUCAGUUGAAGGUAGCACCAUUUACACACACGUAUCGCAAACCUGGAGCCAAGUUCCCUUAUGACUCCAUGGAUCAAAUCCAGAAUCUGUCCAACAAGAUAGACAACAUCGACACAAAAGUGGAUAUAGCUGCGUACCAAGUGACAGACAUGUCCGAUAAAUUCCACCUUGGACCAAGCAAAGAGUAUGGUGAUUUUCCAAGCAAAGAUAUACCAAGCCCGCCCUCUUUUAUGAAACACGAUCUAUUCAACAACCCAUACUCAAUGAAGGAAUCUCCUGGUUUCAACAUCCAGUCAUGCAUUGAGUCUGUAAAAUCAAGUUUAAAUGAAGAAUGCUUGAAACCUUUAAACACAGAGGCCCCAUCUCUAAGUAAAGCCCCUGUUGAAACAGAUAAAUUUUCUCCUAAAGUUGACGUGAAGUCUCCUUCAGCAAGUGAAAAGAAACCAUCCACAGUAGAAAACCAUUUGGAUGACAAGGAAAAUGUAUCGGUGACAAAAAAUGAGCCCAACUGGCUGACUGACCUUAUGAACCGUUGCACAUCAAGCACUGAAACUGCUGUAAAAACCGAAGAGGUGCUCAAAGAAUCCAAGUUGAGUCAGAUUGUCAGCGAGAUGGAAUCUCGUUUGAAUGAUGAGCUAGAGGCCAAAAGGCAGAAGCAGGCCGAAGACCUGGAGAAAGUGGAAAAAGGUAGCUCGCUCACAAGUUCCAGCAGUAGUAGUGGUGUAAUUUUGUCGAAUACAUCCGCAGUCACUGUGGUUAGUAGCAGUGCAUCUGUUGUAACUUCCUCCUCCACUCAAGUCAGUGAUGUCUCGCCUAAAACAUGUGUAGUAACCCCAGUUAGUAGUGUCAACACUGAUGGUUCUUGCAACGCACUGCCUGAUCUUGUUGCCGGUGCUGAGUGUACCCUACCAGUCACCAGCAGUGAGGUUGACACAGUAGCUAGCGAUCUGAAAAUAACUACUCGCAAAGAAACAGAUUCUCCUGAUUUGAAGAUGUCUACACGAAAAGAAACCAUCAAAGAAACAUCCGUGCCGCCUGUAAUCAUCCGAGUGGAAGAGUCAGGUUCUUCUAUCAUCAAUCUAAAUGACAGCAAAAAGACCAAGGAAAUCGUGAGCAAGACAUCCACGAAAACUGAACUCCAAGAAGAAACAGCUAAUUCAAAAGAAGAAUCUGGUAAAUUGUUAGCAGAUGCAAAUGCACGCCGAGGGCGCCGCCGAAGGCUACCAGGAGGUGGAGGCCGUGUAAUGACACGGCGUGCCAAGCUUCAGGGUGCUGUUGAGGAAGAAAAGGUCCCAGAGCCUGCCGAUAUAUAUGAAUUUAAGGAUGAUUCUGAUGAAGAAGUGAGCCAACAGCCAAGGUUGAUAUUGACAAUAAAGUCGCCUCCUGAAAACCAAAAUCAAGCCUCAAUAGCAUCCACCACGACAACAACCACAACUAUCACGACAACACCUGUUACCACCACUCAGGUCGUAACAUCAGUCGCAACUAUUAUUUCCACAUCUGCUGCCGCGGUUGUUACAACGACUGCUGCAGUAACAGCAGCGUCAACAAGAAAGUCUCGCAGGUUGCAGGAGAAGGAUGGCUCUCGCAGCACAGUUGACGACACAAUUGAUGAAGUUGUGCGUGGUCUACGCUCAGGAGCAGCGAAUACUCGUCGCUCGGCUCGUGCGCAGCAAAACACUCAGCUGACGACAGUGUUGCCAGAUUUAACUCGCCGAUCUCCAAGACGCAAACAGGCAGUAGCUCAACAGGCUGCCUCACCGGUGCCCAGCGUUCCUGAUACGCCAACACCGCCAGCUCCAGCCUCUGUUCCAGCAUCUCUGGCCCCGCCUGCACCAGCUCCAGUAUCCUCCCCAGCAGGAACUGUGUCUGAAGCACCACUGCCCUCACCGCCAUCACCGGCUGUCCCAUCUCCUGCCCAAGUUCCAUCCUGUGCUCCAACUGAGCCGACGAUGAUAAUCGAUCCUGUCAGUGGGCUUCUUGUCCCAAUGCAAGAGUCUGAAGAAGGGAUGUAUGUUCCGGUUGCAUCUGAUCUCAGCAAAGCACCGGUGGAAAACAACGAUACGGACGAACCCCCUGAAAAGAAAGCCCGAGCAAGUAGUCCACGUCCAUGUGUGGCAGUAGCCCCUAACAAUGCCAUUCCAUCGCCAACCAAGUCUCAACUACCUGUCGGUCUUAUCAAUCCAAACCCAGCAGCUGUUGUCUCUCCCAGCUCCGUGGUGAAACCAUGUUCAGUGAGUCCAUCAGGUCCUUGCAAACCGAACACGCCAUCACCUGCGCUGCCUAACGUUGCAAAAGUGGGACCUCAAACGACACUUGCAGCAGCCUUGACUCCUCCAACAAUUGUCAAAGCACCGGUGUCCCUGUGUGCUGCUCCACCGUUGAACCACAAAGCUCACUUGCUCCAAGCAGUCGCUAACCAGGCCAAAACACCUGUCCCAAUGACGCCUAAGGCCCAUAUUCUUCAGUCCAUCAAUGCUAUUGAAGGAGGCAGAACAACACCUCUGCACAAUGGACCAGUACUAACUGCGUCAAUGGCAAGUCCUCCUUUGAAGACGCCAGUAACUCCUGCCUCUACCAGGAUUGAAAGCGGAUGCAUCGUUGUUGCAAAUCCACCAGCACAACCCCCACGUUCUGCGCAAGUAAUGCAAGCAGGACUUCCUGUACCAGCGUUUGAGGCAUCCUUGCAUGGGGUGGUCGCUGAGCUUCUGCCUAAUCCUCAAUGGCCUCCGAGCCCACCACCAGCCCAUCAACACCCGCCAACUCAGGGCGAAGUUCAACACAUGGGUUACAUGCAGCCACCUCACUACGUUCACCCUCAGCUAGUUUACCAGCAAUAUCUGCGUGAGACAGCUCUUGGCUAUCACAUUACACCAGGAAGUGAAUGUGAAGACAGUGGUGCCAGUCCACCCUUGGAGUUGAGACGUGCCACUGAUUCUCCUGCCGUCGCCACUCUGUAUGUCCCUCGACACCUGUAUUAUGACGGUCCUCCACCAGCGCACAGACCAUCCCAACCCAGGUUGCAGGUUGCCACACCACCGCAUGCCAGUCAAGUGCCGCCGCAAGCAGACUCCCUCCUCAUCUUGUUGCAGCGGUAUCCUGUCAUGUGGCAAGGGCUCUUAGCUCUCAAGAAUGAUCAAGCUGCAGUUCAGAUGCAUUUUGUGUGGGGUCACCCGCAUGUUGCAACGGACUCGUUGCCAUGCAACUCAGAUGGCACAACACCACCCCUACGCAUUGCUCAGAGGAUGAGAUUAGAGCAGACACAACUUGAUGGAGUCGCUCGAAAGAUGCAGAUUGAUAAUGAACACUGUAUGCUGUUAGCCCUUCCCUGCGGCCGCGAUCAUCUAGAUGUGCUUCAGCAGAGUAAUAAUCUACGGUCGGGUUUCAUAACUUAUUUGCAACAAAAACAGGCAGCUGGAAUUGUCAACAUUGCUGCUCCAGGCUCUCAUCAGGCUGCCUAUGUUGUUCACAUUUUUCCAUCAUGCGAAUUUGCCAAUGACAGUCUAGCUCGCAUAGCACCUGAUCUUUUGCACCGCGUCGCAGACAUAGCACAUCUUCUGAUUGUCAUCGCCACAGUAUAGCCUGAUUUGUUAAUAUCUCCCAAAAUUUUUGUCUUUGCAUUUCUGCUCAAUCUUGUAGGGAAACUCAUGUGGUUUCUCUGUCAUUGGUUUGCAGAAUGCAUUUAUCCCCGAUUUCGAUAGUUUAUCCUUGAAAGAGUCUCUCUAACCAAUUUUGAAGUGCUCUGAUGUUAAACCUUGAUUUGACUUAGAUUUAAACUUACUUUGACAAACUUAGGACGAUGUCUACUAACCACAUGAAAAAUCGACUGUAAUGUUCUUGUAUAUUAAGUAUAAGUUUCUGUUUCGAGACACGCCCUCACUUUAUACUUGCAAGAGUUUGUCCUUCUCGAUCAGUGGAUUUUAAUCUUUCAGUAAUGAGUCCUUGCAUUCCUUUCCGAAUAGAUCUUGGGGCAACCUCAGUUUUUGUCUAUUUCGUCUCCUCAUUGCAACUCCCUUUCAUCCAAGUGCGCCAUUGAAUCAAACGGCCAAUGAGUUGAAGAGUUUUACCAGUUUUAACAAAAUGAUGAUAAGAAUACUGAACUUGCCUAAGUUUCAGGUGGCUUGAAUACUCCAAGCGCCUGCAAUAAUUAUUGCCAACAUGAUUAUUUGAGAUGAGAAUGGACUGCUGUAUUAUUUCAUGAUUUUACUCAGGUCUGUAAAUAGUCUAAUAGUAGGUCAGUAAAAAAUCAUGAAAAUAUCCAAGUCCUCAAUUUUGUCUCUUUUUCCUAUUUCUUUCUCUCUCCCUCUUGGCCCUCUAUCUCUAAUUCAUUAAAGCUGAUACGCUUUUUAACCUCUCUCUCUCUCUCUCUCUCUCUCUCUCUCUCUCUCUCUCUUGAAAUUAAAUUGUUCACAAUGAGGUUCAUUCGUAAGGAAACUAAAGGGGGAAGAAAGAAUUAUAAUAUUUUGAUCUCAAAAGAAUUUAUAAGUUAAUUCUUUGUUGAUGUACAUUUAUAUUUGUUAUACUUAAUUGUUAUUUAUUGAAUUUCAGAUUACGCUUUCAUUAAAAUGUCUGGUGUGCUUAAUUCGAAUGAGGCUAGUAUAAAAAAAGUUGUUUUCCUCUUUUUUCUCACUUUAGUGUCUAUGUCUCUUGUUUAACUCAAAAAUUUCUCAUGUUGGUUUAUUUUUUUAUGCUAGCCUGAUUCUUAAUUCAGUAACUAAGCUAGAUACAUCUUUAAUAUUGUUGUAAUUUUGUAUUCAUUCAAAUUUCGAAUGGUUUCUUUUUCCCUUGUAAAUUGUACAGAUUUAUCCCAGUAUAAAUUGGUACGCUGUUAAGCAAAUGAAAAAUUUUAUUUUAAUUGUUAUUAAACCAUGUAACUACUUACAUUAAAUGUGUAAAAAAUCUUUAUAACUAUAUAUUAUGUAAAUACACUUUUGAUUUUUGUUAUAUUCUGUCUCUUAUUGUUUUUACAACUUUUAUAGCUUAGAUUAAUCAGUUCUAUUGUCAAGUUGAGUUCAUUUGCAUGAGACUAUGCUCUGUCGUUGAACCGCUGUAUUCAUUGCUUCUCUUGGAUGCCUCUCAUAACUAUUCUGGUCCCUUGAGUUUAAAAGUUUCAAAAUGAGUGGCCUGAAGUGAAGCAGAGUAAUGAUAAGUCUUAACGCCGUGAGUAUUCCUCAGAAGAAUGAACUCAAACUACUUAUCGUUCAAAAACUGUCUGUCAGGGAGCUUCAUUUUGAAGUAUUCCAACGCUUCAGGAAAACAGAAAUUUUAUGAAAACAACCUCCGAAGUCUUCUUGCUCUAUUGAGAGGUGGUUUUAAAUGAACAUUGCACAAAAAAUCUUGCAUGACAGGAUAUUAGGAGGAUAUAUAUUCAAUCCUUGAAGAAAUGAAUUGACCGAAAGGAUCUAUUAAUGUCAGAACGUCUUUGGUGUCAAAAUGUCACUAAGGAGACAUAGGACGGACAAAACAAAAUCCAAUUAAUCAAAGCUUUCUUCUUGGUAUUUUAUAUUAUUUUUUUUUCCCCCUUAGGAUACGAAAACGAAGUAGGCCCUUGUUAUUAAUGAGUGUGUUUCAAACAAGUUCAUGUGUGAAGUCUUACGAAGAAUCACUGCUUGAAGAAAUAUCCCCAUCAAAUUUUUAAGUGACAAAACGGAAUAAUUUCUCAUUGGUGAUACUAUCUAUCUUGCGAGGAUAGUAGGUUUCUGAAAAGCACUAAUGCCAUCUGGCAAAAACUUUUCAGUAGUUCUCCGUUAGAAAAUUAUGUCUCCGUCUCCUAUUACUUCUUUCUACCUGGAUUUAUUUUACUUCGCUUUGAGAAUCAGUCAGCUUCAUAGACUAACAGCACAUAUGGUAGUUAAUAUCAUCUCUUCUGCUGAUAUCUGAUAGUAUUGAUGGAAUAAGAAAUUGUCAAAUUAUUUGCAAAGAUCAUCAUCGGCUUGUCAGGAGGGAAAAUAACAAUUUAUGACAGGAACUUCUGUCCCAUUUUCAUCCUCUAAGAACUGGCCAAUUUUCCAAAUACAUUCUAAUCAAAGGAUCUGUUCAUUGUGAGAUCCAUUAAUAAAGAAGUAUCUAGCGUCAAAAUCUCCUCUAUAUAUGAUGUUUAAUUAGAUAGCUCUCUAAAGGAACCCAAGGAACCCCCCCCCCCUCCCUCUCUGUAAAAUGGCGUCCCAUUUUCCAGAGGUUUCAUUAUUUCUUUUUGCACAUCUUUUAUACUGUAACAAUACUAAUUUCGUCUCAGAAAAUUUGAUAUGCCAUGGAAGUUUUCUGCAGCAUAACAUUUCACUCAAGGUUGCAAUUUAGACUCCUCAGCACUACAUUUGUUAUGUGGUUAAUGUCUGUAGGUUUUCUGUUUAAUGAUCUGUUAAUUGAUCAUACCCUCAACUUAUUUGUGAUAACAUUAUUUUUUCCCCCAAUUUGUAGUGAAAACUACAGAGUUUCAAAUUACUGGUUCAAUUUCUAACAAGAGAAACAAAGUAGAAUCAAAUUAUUUUCCCCAGUUUCAUGAUCCAAUGACUGUUGAACCCUUAAACUUCUGUGAGGAUUCAAUGCUUAAAAGGGGGGACUGAACUAAAGUGGGACUGAACUUUUUCCAUUUGGUUUGCUCAUAGUUUGGAGACAUGCCUACCCAAUAAAAUCAGUGCAAUCUCUUAUUAUUACUCUAAUGUUUAUUUUAGAAAUCAAGUGUGACAAGAUACGUUUAAUGAAGAUUAUAAAUUAAAAUAUGGGAAACCCAGCACCUAUAAAAUAGCAAAGACCCACAUUUACAUGUUUUAGUUUUUCCAUUGGAAUAGGCUCCAAAAGGUGGCCUUCUCAGUGGUCACCAGUCAUGCUUAAUGGUCACAUUACCAUCAUUUAGCAAAACAUUGGGACAGUCAGUUCCAAGCUCAAGUCACUAGUUGAUCAUCUCAUUUUAACUAAUUCUUGUUUUGAAUGCAGUGAAUUUAAUUGUAAGUCCCGGGAUUAGGAGAAUAUUAAGUCAUUAUUUGAGGGGAAGGGGAUUGUCUCUCAGGCCCAAGAAAUUAAAAAAAUAUGAAGCACCCGAUCUGUGUGCUUCUCUCUAGGAUUUGGCACUUCUCUCCAGAGGAAUUUAGAAUUCAAUGAAAUAGGGUUAACCGAAAUCAAGAUUUCACAAAAAAAUUGUUUUACUAUUCUCUGGUAUUUUGCCCUUUCCUCAAAUUUGGGGAAGUAGUAGUUUCCAUUUUAAAAAUAGACAAAGGCAAUAAUCAAUAGGAAGAAUGCUCCUCCAAUACACUAUGAAUUUUACUCCAUCGCAUUUUUUAGAAAUGGUCAUUUACUUUAUCUUUCACAUGUCUAUGCAAGAUUUUGAUUUAGUAUGUUGUAUUGUACCCUUAACAAUUAAUUUUAUAGCUCCCUGAACUGAUUCUGAAUCAUCCUAGUUUCAUUCAUUUCAAACUGUAAAUUUUUUCUCUUCUUCUCUACCCUGUAUAAAGUGUGAAUUAUCAAAACUGGUUGCUCAAGAAUUAAUGUUUGAACUUUCUAUACUUAGGAAACAAUGUAAAUAUUCUCAUGGUCUAGGCACCUACCUAUACCUUUGUAUCUGUUUCUUUCUUCCUCUUUUGUGUUAUUACCUUAUACCGUUAAUUAUUUAUUCAAUACAAGUUUGUAUGUACAUUUCUAUUCCCCUACAUUACUUUUAUUCUUCUCUGUAUGUUUAUUUUAUUGUAUUCUAUUCUUGUUUAAUUUACUCCCCACGCCUUUGUUUAUUUCAAUUAAAAAAUAUUUAUUUAUUUGUCUAGUUUGUGCAUAUUUUGUAAAUAUUUUCAGAGUUCUUGGGCUGUGAUCUCUGCAUUAAGUUAUAUCAUUAUUUUUCAAAUCAUGAAUAAGCAAAACUCUAAAUAAAGAAAAAAUGAAUAAAAAAAUUGGAACACCAGUGAUUAAGUUAUUGCAUUAUUAAAGAUGUUGUUAAAAUAUUAA